CCUGGACUGAAGGUACUUGCCUAGAGUUUCUGGCACUUAUAAGACACCCGCAGACGUUGCUGGCUUGAAGAAAGCACCUUUUCUGCUGCCAUGACAACCAUGCAAAGGAUGGAGCAGACCAUGCCAGGGGCUGGUCCUAAUGUGUACCAGCUGGGACAGGUUGCUGAUCGGAACGCAUAUCUGUGGAAAGGGAUGUCAGAGAAGUUCUUGAAGGGGGAACCCAAAGUCCUUGGGGUUGUGCAGAUCGUGAUUGCCCUGGUGAACCUCGGCUUGGGAAUAAUAAUGAUUAGUGUUUGGCUCUCAUUUACUGAAUUUUAUUAUGACCGUCCCAUAUCAGUGUACUCAGGGUACACAAUUUGGGGAUCGGUGAUGUUUAUUAUUUCAGGGUCCUUGUCAAUUGUAGCAGGAACUAGAACUACAAGAGAUGUGGUCCAAGGUAGCCUAGGACUAAACAUCACCAGCUCUGUGUUAGCUGCAUCAGGGAUCAUAAUCACUGUGAUCAGCAUGAGUGUUUUUUCAUCUCGUUACUAUUACUGUCACAACAAUCAGAAGCCAAUGAAUUGUUCCAUGCUUGUAAAUGUUUUAAUGGGUAUGGAUGGGGUGGUGCUCAUUUUAAGUGUGCUGGAGUUCUGCAUUGCGAUGUUCCUCUCUGUGUUUGGAUGCAAAAUAACCUGUUGUAAUCCUGGUCGGGUUGUGUUCCCAGUGCCAUCAAAUCCUCAUAUGGCAGAAACAGCAUCUCCUGUACCAGUUAUAGGAGAUUUGAUGCCACCAAUGUAUCAGCAGGAAAAUGUUCCAGCAAAUCUAUCUUGA